AUGGCCCCUCCAAAGGUCUUCUCCCUUGAGGGCAAGGGUCUCAAGCUCGACACCGCGGAGGAUAUUGAAGCCCACAUCAAGCCUCUUGUUGAGUCUACCGACUACACCGAGAUCCGUUUUGGCGGUAACACCCUGGGUGUUGGUGCUUCGGAGCGCCUCGCCACUGUCCUCGCGACCCAGAAGAGCCUUGAAGUUGCAGAGCUCGCCGAUAUCUUCACCUCGCGUCUCCUGUCUGAAAUCCCUCCCGCCUUGAAGUCCCUCCUGGAUGCCCUUCUCGAGAUCCCCUCCGUCCACACUGUCAACUUGUCCGACAAUGCCUUCGGUCUAAACACACAGGCGCCCCUCGUCGAUUUCCUGUCGCGUCAUGUCCCGCUGCGCCACCUUAUCCUGAACAACAACGGUCUCGGCCCUGCCGCUGGUACCCUCAUCGCCGAUGCUCUGAGCAAGCUUGCUGAGCGUAAGGAGGAGGCUCGCAAGGAGGGCAAGGAGGUUGCUAUGUUGGAAAGCAUUGUCUGUGGACGUAACCGUCUGGAGAACGGCAGCAUGGAGGCUUGGGCUCGUGCUUAUGAGAAGCACGCCGCGGGCAUGAAGUCUGUCAAGAUGACCCAGAACGGUAUUCGCCAGGAGGGUACCUCGUACCUGCUGAAGAAUGGUCUUCGUCACUGCAGCGCUCUGGAAGUUUUGGAUCUGCAGGACAACACUUUUACCAUCAUGGGAUCCACUGCGCUGGCUGACGUUCUGGCCGGCUGGCCUGCUCUGAUUGAGCUGGGUGUUGGUGACUGCCUGCUCUCUUCCCGUGGUACUGUCAAGGUUGCCAAGGCUCUGGCCGCCAACAAGAACCCCAAGAUCCAAACCUUGCGCAUGCAGUACAACGAGAUCAAGGCCGACGGUGUGAAGGCUCUCACCCAUGCCGCCAAGACCGCUCUCCCCAGCCUGCGCCGUGUGGAGCUGAACGGCAACAUCUUCUCUGAGGAGGAUCCCAACAUUGCCGACCUGCGCGAGCUGUUGGAGGCCCGUCAGGAGGAGCACGGCACUGAUGAUGAUGCCGAGGAUACCUGGGGUGUGGAUGAGCUGGAUGAGCUGGAGGAGGAGGGUUCUGAAGAGGAGGAGGAGGAGGAGGAGGAAUAUGAGGAAGUCCAGGCCAAGGCUGAGAAGGACUUGGAGGAUGCUGAUCGCGCUGAGCAAGAGAAGGUGGCUCAGAAGUCCGACAAGGAAGUUGAUGAGCUGGCUGAAGCUCUGGGCAAGACCGGUCUGUAG